ACUUGCCCUCCAUCGCGUGCAUGCAUAAAGGCCAAGCUACGGUCAGCUCAUUCUCUCGCUUCAGACCUCCAUGGCUGCCCACCUCUUUCCUUUUCAUCCAUGUCUCCUCUGCCUCUUCUUCUUCUUCUUCAUCCUCUUUCUUGGAGCUGAUGCAACUUCAGGUAAGGCAUCAUCUUCUUACCUUUGUAUUAGGCACAGCUUUUCACCAUUACUCUUCAUGUUUCCUCACAGGCUUCAUCAGCAUCGACUGCGGUGCUUCAGAUUCCUACACGGACGCCGACGGCAUCCACUGGGAGAGCGACAGGGCAUACAUUUCCAAUGGCGAGAGCCGAGCAGUUCAGAGCACCGAAUCCAUGGCCACGCCGCUGACAACGCUCCGUGUGUUCUCGUCGAGGAAGAAGAACUGUUACCCGAUCCUUCUCCCCGAUGCCCGACGCAUCCUCGCCAGAGUCAGCUUCCACUACGGCAACUACGACAAGAAGGCGGCGCCGCCGACGUUCGAGCUCCAGUUCGACGGCAACAGCUGGGCCACGGUCGUCACCCGGAUGGAUGGAGCUGUCUACUUCGAAGCCGUGUACGAUGUGCGCAUGGGCAGGACCAGCAUAUGCGUCGCUCAGACCAUCCCCAAGCAGCUGCCCUUCGUGUCGUCGAUCGAAGUUAGGCGGCUGGAGAACUCCAUGUACGACGGCGAACCCACCUUCGCCUUCUUCCUCCUCAGAAGGUGGUCGUUCGGAGCGACUGACAUCGUCAGGUACCCUGACGACAACUACGAUCGAAUCUGGGUUCCUGCCGCAGAUUCUGCAGGAGUAACCUCACUAUCCAGCGACACAACCAUCAUGGACACCUCAAAUUCGACCGAGCAUCCUCCAAAAGCUGUGUUGCUCAACGCUUUCACGACGACAGAUCCAUCCGCCGACUUGAGUUUGACGUUCGCUGAUCUUGUUUCAGCAGCCACCAUUCCGGUCUACAUCAACCUCUACUUUGCUGAAAUGACUUCGCUGAGUUCUUCUGAUGUGAGAUCGUUCCGGAUUGACAUGGAUGGAAAGACAUCAGAUCCGAUCGUUCCGCCUUACCAAAAGGUGUUGGAGUUUUCGUUCGCCGAUCGUGGCGUCACAGCUAGCAGUCAAAUGGCGUUGCGAGCUACAGCCGACGCCACCCUUCCCCCCAUCAUCAGUGCCAUGGAGAUCUUCACCGGUAGCAGUCUCAGCAACGGAACAGCCGAAUCCGACGCGAAGGCGUUGACAAUUUUACAGCUACAGUUUAAGGCUCUCAGUGACUGGAAUGGCGAUCCUUGCCUCCCGGCAAACUACAGCUGGGAUUGGGUUGGAUGCAGUUCUGAUCCAGUUCCACGAAUCAUUGCACUGUAUCUUGCUGGGUAUGGGCUUGCUGGAGAUCUUCCAGACUUCAGUGACUUGAGUUCUCUGCAGACCUUGUAAACUUCUUUUUG